AUGGUCAGCUCGUUUGCUUCGGAGCCAACCAAAAUGGGCAGUCUGAUGUACCAGCAGAUUUGGGACCAGUUUCGGCGGUCUCAGCCGGCGAACAUCAUACUUGUGCAGUGCGUGCAGAUGGUCAGCUCGUCUGCUUUGGAUCCAACCUUGCCGGGAAGUGCGAUGUGCCAGCAAAGUUGGGACCGGUUUUUGCAGUCUCAGCAGGAUUUUAUCAUACCUGUGCAGUGCAGACAAAUGGCAAGCUCGUCUGCUUUGGAGCCAACCACAAUGGCCAGUCUGAUGUGCCAGCAGAUUUGGGACGAGUUUUGGCCGUCUCAGCAGGUGAAUAUCAUACUUCUGCUGUGCAGGCAGAUGGUCAGCUCGUCUGCUUUGGAGAUAAUGCACUUGGGCUAUGUGAUGUGCCUGCAGACCUGGGACUUGUGUCGGCGGUCUCAGCAGCUUAUUAUCAUACCUGUGCAGUGA